AUGUUCGCGCUGCUUCUUUUCAUCUACUUUGUGCCCUCAGCAACAUUGGAAGUACUGGACAUUGGGGCGCCGCGUACUGGCACCCAGUCCAUGCACGUGGCAAUGAACAUGCUUGGCCUCAACACACUGCACAGCGGCUAUGAGUUUGCCAAGAGGCAGUCUUGGUGCGAGUACCUUUUCGCCAACGGCUCGCUGCAGGAGGCAAUGGAGACUUUGGAGGGCUUCGAUGCUGCGAUGGACGAACCCUUCCAGCUCGUGUACAAGGAGAUAAUGGAGGCCUUCCCGAAGGUGAAGUUUGUCCUGACAAUCUCAGACCCGGAGAGGUGGUAUGAGAGCUAUGUGAAGCUUACGAGAGGCAUGGCGGAAACCAAGAACCGCACUGGGCCACUAUUUCCUUUCCAGUCCGAGAAGUGGUCGACGAACGAAGAACUGGUCACUUGCACAGCCGCGCGUUACUGGGGCUGCGACUUUAACAACCCGGACGCGUCCGAGGAGUCCAAGGAGCAAUGCUUGGAGGGCUACAAGCAGCACAAUGAGCGAGUUCAGGAGGUCAUUCCUGCCGACCGAUUGCUGGUGUUCAACUUUGCAGAUGGCUGGGCGCCGCUGGCCCACUUCCUAGGAGGUCUCGACGGUCUCAUUUCUGCAGGAGUCGAUCCAGCUAGAGCUCUGAGCUUGAACUCCGUUCACCUACCCAGGAUGCUUCGCACUGCACGCCACCAGCAGCUCUUAUCAACGCCAGAUGAGGAGACCACCUCCACCGCACAAGCGAGUCUGGCCGAGAAUUUGCACCCAGGCGACUGGAUCAAAGUCAACGGCCGCUUCGUGCGCUUGCUCCGUGUGGAGGUGCGGACUUUGGCUGAGGAGGAGGUUGGUUUGGUCAAGUUUGAUCUGAGCCCGAGCCUUCCGGCAGCUUUCUUCUCCCUUUCUCUUAGGGAGAAGGACCCCUUCGUGGCCACUGUCUGA